CUCUUUUGUUGAAAAACUUUGUGUUGGUUCAGCUUGUGUAGACACUAUGAAGCAUGUAGCUUCCUUUCAGCUGCCAUCAAGGCAGUCCUUUUUCUCGUUGUUGGCUCAGUGCUUCUUGAAAACACCCUUCGCCUUUCCUUUCCAGCUGCCCUUCACUUGUGCUGGUCCUUUUGGCUUUCCACCUGCUUUCUGCUGGUUCUUGCCACCUCCUUUUUGCUGUUGUGCACCACCGCCUUUCUUCGUGCUUUUGCCGCUACCUUUGGUGGCUGCCGCAGCAGCUUGUUGCUGUUGCCACUUUUUCUUGCGGAAACAGUUGUCAUCGGUGUGACGCGGCUUGUUGCAAAAGGUACACCAGCGGUUGUCAGAG